AUUGGAUGGCAAAGCGCCAUAUUUUUCUUAAUUGGGCGACUUACUCUGUGGAAAGUUCCGGGUGCAUACCGGCAGUGUAGUUGUUUUGGUCCAGCGUAGCGGGGUGAAAUGGGGCCGGAAGAAGACGGAAGUGGGGCCGGAAGAGGUUGAGCUGCGGAAGCCCCGGGUUGCCAGAUCGCAACGCCAGAUUAUGGCGACAAACAGACCCGCAGAGGGGUGAGUACAGAGAGGCAGGCGUGAAGAUGCUGACGCAGAGGGAUAGGUCAGAAAGCUCUGACGCUCUUGAACAGGCUGCCAUUCACUCAGCACAGAGCUCCCCCUCCACAGAUAUUGGAUAAGUUUCAGGAGAAAGCAGCAAGGACGUUCACAUGGAAGUCCACCCCCAAGAGCGAUACUCCGCCUACUUUUUUCUAUUCACUCCUCGUGUCUGCUCACAAAGUGAAUAGACCGCAGACUAGAUCCGCUACAAUAACCCUUUAAGACCCCGGUUGUGUACAGCUUCCUGUCUUGCUCUCUCCUCAGUACAUCGUCUCAUUCUCUUUCCCACCAAACGCAAGGCAAAAAGCACAAUAUUUGACAACAAGUUCAAAGGUCUCCAAGAAUCUGAUCCAUCCGCUACGCGGGGCAGCUUUCUUUGAGCUACUAUUAGUCCUACUUGCUCGGACGCCCGCUUAGGCGUUCGUUCACCCGAAGAUCAAGCCACGGCCUCAAACAACAUCUUUGACUAGGAGGCUAUCUGGGCGCGCCUGACCCGCAAGCCAGGAACAGCUCACGAGUUCUUUUACUGCUCCAUCAAAGAAGUUUGCCAGUGAUCUGACCAAGGAGUUGCAUGGGGGCAGAGGCAUCUCCCUUCACUCCCUGAUUCGUGACUGCCGAGCUAUGCUUGAGGAAACCAAGAACAUGGCUUACACGAGCCCACCAACUCUGGUUGAAAGUCGCAAUACAUUCUUCUCGGCCAUACUGGAGGUGAUCAGGCAGGGCAUGCAGGAUGAUGGUUUGCUGGAGCAUGGGGAGGGAUUUCAGGUUAUCCCUUCCUCUAAAGACGCCAUCCAACACUUGGAUGAUGAUUGGAACGUUGUUAAAGUUGAGGAGGCAGCUGGAUACAAGAAGGGCAAGAAGAAACGGGCUGCUAAAUAGGGGUGGGCUCAAAUAGAUACAGGUCAAUUCAUAAACUGAGGCGCACCGGCCGUGCAGCA